UAAAUUCACCAUUGUAACCAUUUUUUGCGUUACACCACUUGCUUUACAUUUUUUUGGCAUGAUUUUUAGUUUUCGCGACAUGAGCGAUGACACUAUGUUUUGAAAUGACUCAGUAGGUACGGUUGUACAGCCGUCGUUGAUCGUCUAUAUCAAUAACUUUAGAUAGUCUAUUUGCACUGAUGAUGUUGAAAAAACACAAUCCAUCUCUAAGAUCAUCGACGAUGAUGAUUUACAUCUUCGGCCGAGUUAACGGCCUAUCAUAUAGAAAAAAAGAAAAAAAUAGGUGAUGUCUAGUUCGACUUUUCUCUACACUACAAUAUAACAGACAUCUAGCAUCGUCUUCUUUUAUUAUCUUCUUCAUCCAUUUAAUCAUCGAUAUACCAAAAAUUCAUUGUUUUAACGUUAUAUUCACAUGUAGCGCAUGUGGUCAACGAAAGAACGAAAAAAAGAAUGAAAGUAGAAAAAUUCUUAUUUUAGAGGAAGAUGAGUCAUCCUUAGUGGAUAGCCGUUUAGAACAAUGAAUUUCUGCUGUAUCGAUAACUAAAUAGAUCAAGAAAAUGGAAUAAAAGAAGAUGCGAUAUACGCUAAGUGUCUAAUAUCUAUCAUCUAUCUUUCAUAGACUGCGUCUGUAUAUAUACACACUUCAUUUGUUUUUUCUGAUUUAUAACAACCAUCUGCACAAAAAAGUAUCAGUUAUAUUAUACUUUCUUUCAACGUACGUGGAAAUCAUCACCUGAAUUUUCAACAAUGUGGUCAAGAUAUUUGGUUCAUCUAGCAUUGUUUAGCUUACUAACGAUUGCUACACAAAACAGCGUGAGAAAUGUAAGUAGAAUUAUGAAAAAUGAUCUGAUUUAUUCGGCCAUGAAAAAUCUUAGUUAACAAGAUUUCUCCCAGCGAAAAAAUCCCUAUUUCAGUUACAAUAGAUGCACAACAAUUUGUUAUCAAUAUUAGAGAAACCAGUAUUCUGUCGUCAAAAAAUACUUAUUGUAGAUAGGCAGGCGACGAUUUCGCGUUAGAUAUUUCUCGCAAGUAUUUGCUGCUGAUUUGAAGUGUAUGAUUAAAACGAAUAGGAUUCUCAUCAGUUUGAAAAACAUACUAUUAGUCAAACUUAGAUCUUGAAUCAUUUUUUGAACCAGUGAUCAUUACGGUUUCACUGUUUUUUCACUAAUAGCAACUGUUAAUACUCAAAAACUACUCUGGCUAACUCUUUUGUUCUGUGUAUGAGGGAAAAAUAAAAGUUUUUUGCAAAAACUGAAAAAGCUUUUUUACAGCCAAAGAGGAAUUACAACUAAAAAAGUGUUUAUUUUGAUCCACGCCACAAACGUUUGUUCACUUGUCAGUCAGUGCCAUUUUUUAGUGAUAAUUUAUCAGUAGUGUGAAGUCUUUUCUUUUGUGUUUGUUUCCAUCUAUUUCUGUAUUUCUUUUUUGCGUAGAAACGUGGUCUUAUCAGUCAAUUGCUCAGUGAUAAAUUACUUACGAGCGUAUUAUCUGGUGGCGGUGGUAGCUCAUCUCCAGCUGAACAUUCCAAAGUGAAAGAAUUGUUGAAAAACCCACUUGUUGUUAGUGCACUAAGUUUAGCAGUUGGUGCACUUGUUCAAAAAUAUUUAUCAUCAAGAAACAAAGAUAAGACGGAUGUUUGUGAAAAUAAUUAUGUCAAAGCAGCGUCUAGAAGUGGUGAGAAACGUGACUCAUUCAUUUAUUUAAUUUUUGAUCUCCAUUUUGCUUUAAAUAUUCGAUAUUUAUAUUUAAUAAGAAAUUAA